UAUUGAAAAUGCCACCUGGAAUAAUGAAACGUAAUUCAAGCAAACGUAAAGCGUCUGAAGGUUCUGAUGAACAGGAGUUCUCUGAGGAACAAACUCUUAUUGCUGGAAGACCAUCUCGCAAAGCAGCUUUGAAAUCUCAUCGGGUUUGGGAUCCUUUGAAGCCUGGAGCGGCCAAACAUGUAGAUGUUGAGGAGGAAGCGUCUGGGGAAAGUCCAGGAACUUCAGCUAAACGAACUCGUGUUGUUGCAAAACGUACCUCAAAGGGGGCACAGGAUGAUGGAGACCAGUCAGACAAGCAACAAGAUGAAAAAAAUAUUGAAAAGCUAGAGAUUGAUAAAAGUGACCAACAAGAACCAGAACGAAUUAUUUUGCAACAACGAAAAAUAAUUCCUAAAGGUCUUCAUUCACAUCCACAGCCUGCGAUGAAUAAGGAACAAUUGGCAUUAAUAGAGCAAGAAAUGGAAAAGCAUGAUCAGUAUGAUGAUCCAGAUGAGGAAUAUAGUGACGAAGAAGAGGAACAUGAUCAGCGUGGACGGCCAACACGCUUUGUAUUGGAUGAUCCAAAUGAUGAGGAUUUUGAUAUUUCAAGUCGUGGACGACGUGGAGGUUUUCGUGGAGGAGAUUCUUUUUCCAGUCGUGGCAGAGGAAGAGGAAUUACUAGCGACUUACAGCAACAACAACAACCGCCACAACAACGUUCUGGAAUGAUUCCAAUUUUUUCGACUGCCACUUAUCCACGUGGCGGAAAUAUUCCAAGAGGAAGGCCUCGUGGAGGAAGAGCGAUGGCUGGGAUUGGUGGAGGAAUUAUGCGAGGAAGAAUAAAUAUUCGUCAGCCAGUGAAUUAUUUUGCUUCUCCAACAGCACGUCAAUUAACUAAUGGUAGUAUUUACUCAUUACAAUCUGGUGGUGCUACUGUUGGAAGUGGAUCUGUUGCCAGUAGUGAUGUGCCAGUUUCUCGUCCAGGACAACAACCUCCAGUUGUUAGAGUUUUGAGACCGAUGGGCAUGACUUCAAAUUUUCAAGCACUUCGUCCGUCUUCUAUGACUAUGGGUUCUGCACAAUCACAACAACUUGCAGAAACAAAUUUUACUGUUAACAGAGAGUUGGAAAAUUAUCGUGGUCGUGUUGUAGCUGGAACUUCAGUGGAUGAAUUUAAUGAUAUUAUUGACCAUAUGCUGGCUGAAUAUCAACGUAUUGUUGACGAUCGUUCGCGUCUUAUUACCAGUCAUCGAGAAUAUGUUAACCAUUUGAAACAGACAAAUCAAGCAGCAUUGGAAAUGAAGGAUAACAAGAUUCGUCAGUUGGAACUUUCAGUAGAACAAUUACAACAGAAAGUUAUGGUUGGUGUUAAACAAGAGCAAUUACGUCUUGUCAAGCAAGGGACAGUUCCUGGCGCUGAUACUCAAGAUUGUGGAGGAAAUACUGCACAACAACAGCACCAAGAAGAUUCUGCUUCACCACAACAAUUACACCGAAUGGAUAUUGUUAAUAGAAACCAAGAUGUAGUUGAUGAUGAGGAUAAACCACAACAAUUGCAGCAUAUGGAUGAAGGUGGGGUUAUUGGUGAUUCUAAUAAUAAUAAUGAGGGUGGACAACAACACCACCAACAAAGUUAUUGGCCAUCAUCCGGUGGUGGUCAACAACAACAACGUAUUCGAAUUUUAGGCAUUAGCGGUAGUACAACUACUAGUAGCGGUGGGGAUCGUGGUAUACCGCAACUUCACCCAAAUGCACCAUAUUUUGAUGAUGAAAUGGAUGAUGAUGAAGAGGAGUUUGACGAUGAACAUGAUAGUGGUGAAAUGGAUGAUGAACUUGGGGCACAAGUGACGAUUUAA